AAGCUGUUUAUUUAUAUUUGCGAUAGUGGUGGUUCUGUCAAACUGUCCGUUCUUUUAAAACAAUCAUCGCCCUUGGCAAGUAGGAAAUCAGAGUUAGGAGCGAAAAAUUGGCUGAUGAGUCAAGCUUAUCCUUGUUUAGUCGUCGUGAAAGAUUUCAAUGGCGAGAUAGCGGGUGUGAAUUGACCUAAGAAAAAUAUUGUCGACAAUAUCACGAGAGAGGUUCUUGUCGAAGUGCGCAGGAAGGUGUUCUGGGAAGGAAGUUCUGGCAUAUUUGUAAAGGAUUCAUGCAAGAGAACUGCCAUGGCAAAUGCAACCACUCGAACAACUUUUGA